AGAUUAUGCACACAUCAGGGGCAGACUGACAACUCAUGUGGCCCCCAGGCAAUAGGGAAUCAUGGGGCCCCUGUGUCCUUGCCCAAACUCCAAAAAGCCUAUGAAAAAGGUACCAGGGGCAUCUCAUGGGGCCCCCUAGUGACCCCAGGCCCUCAGGCCUUGCCCAAGUGCUCAAAUGGUCAGUCCGCCCCUGCCACACAUCAAAGUAGAUGGGUCUCAGGGUGGGUCAUAAGCCUGCUGCAGUUCAAUAGGAUCACAGCACAGUCUGUGGAGGAUACAGUAUAUCUGGAUUAAAGGUGACAAUUGCAACAAAAGCUGUUUUUUAUUAUUUUAUCUUU